AUGGAGAAACACGGAGGCAAAUCCGGUAGUUUCAUUGGACGGCAUCGUUGGCGAACCAAUAAUGCCGAUCAGAGUCCCGGCCGAUCAUCCUUUUCCCCAAGAUUACAUCAUAAAUCUCCUCAUCCUGUCCCCCAUGCAGCCGGGGAUUCUGAAUCUAGCGACGACCUCAAUGACCCUCCUCCUGAUGUCGACGAUAAUAUUCUGAAUCACGAUCGUAUCUUCUCAGAACUCGACGGUUUCAUGGAUGAAUUAUCAAGCUCCAUUAAUGACAAGACCACCCCACCCGAACUUCCGGACGUUAUACACACAUUCUCAACCGUAAUCCAUUCCAAAACAACAAAAUCAGCCGCUAGGAAUGUUGACAUUUUGAUAUCUGAUCAUCAUGAGGCCGCGGAUGACACGUUCCUGUUUGAAUCUGUUAGGCGGUUAUGUAAUUUAAAAUCCGCGCUAGACGAGUACGAUAACGCAUCUGAUCAGGUUGAUAAACUUUUGCAUCGAGUUAUGAAGUUCAUGCAAGAACAUCUUCGUGCAAUUCUACUAGAUUCGUCAACGGCGCCACCAGCAACAGCAGCAGAACCCAAACUAAAAGCGAUAUCUUCAAAACAUUUUUCCUUCAAAACAGAACGCUGUCCAGCGCCCGAACCCCCGCCCCCUGCAGCCAAGGCGGAUGAGGAUUAUCCAGGUUUCUCCAACGAGAAAGUCAACAGAAUGAACAAAAUCGUAACAACCAUGAUAUCGGCCGGCUACAGACACGAAUGCUCAAAUGUAUAUAGCAUGGCAAGGGGAAACGCCCUGUACGAGCAACUCAGAAGGCUGGAUUUUGAAAAGCUCAAUGCAGAAGAUGUCCACAAGUUUAACUGGGAAACGCUUGAGGCAGACGUCUCAAGAUGGAUCAGAAUCAUCAAACAUUGCUCUCGGUUUCUAAUCCCGGCUGAAAGAAACCUAGGUGACACGGUUUUCUCCCAUCAUAUUCCCAUUUUCAGGGGUCUGUUUAUCAAUCUGGUCCGUAGCGUGAUCACGUGGUUACUUGAUUACGCCGCGGCUGUUGCCAUGACUAAGAGAUCCGCAGAAAGGCUGUUUAAGUUCCUAGAUAUGUAUGAGGCCCUCCAAGGCCUUGAUAAAGAAAUGAGUGAUAAACAUGAAUCAUCAUGCAAUAAUGAUCUCAAUGCUGAAAUAUCAUCUGUCGCGGAGCGUAUAGGGGAGGGCGCUGUUAGCAUGUUUGGCGAUCUAGAAAGCUCCAUCAGGAACGAUGCCGCAAAAAGCCAUGUACCAGGGGGCGCAGUACACCCCCUGACACGCUACGUUUUAAAUUAUUUAAAGUACGCGUGUGAGUAUGGAGACACGUUGGAACAGAUCUUCCAACAAAAUGCAAAACUCAACCAGCCUGCGGCUAAUUCUCUUGAGAAUAUGGAAAUGGACAUGGAGAAAUCACCAUUGGCGGCACAGAUAUUGUCUGUCAUGAGCCUUUUGGAUGGCAACCUUGCGGUCAAAUCAACGCUCUACAAAGAUCCUGCGUUGCGCAACAUUUUUUUAAUGAACAACGGUAGGUAUAUAUUACAAAAGGUAAAAGGAUCGGACGAGAUCAAAAAGCUGAUGGGAGACAACUGGUGUCGGCGUAGGUCUUCAGAGGUUCGGCAUUAUCACAAGAGUUACCAAAGAGAGACCUGGGCAAGGCUGUUGCAGUGCAUCACACAAGAAGGGAUACAAGUAAAUGGAAAAGUGAAUAAACAAGUAUUGAAAGAAAGGUUCAAGAAUUUCAAUUCCAUGUUUGAUGAGAUACACAAGAUACAAAGCGCAUGGGUUGUUAGUGAGGAGCAAUUGUUGUCAGAGCUUCGGGCUUCUAUAUCCGCGGUGGUGAUUCCGGCCUACAGGUCGUUUGUAGGGAGGUACAGACAUCAUUUUGAGGCAGGGAAAAGCAUGGACAAGUAUAUAAAAUAUCAACCAGAAGACAUUGAAGCAUUGAUUGAGACUUUGUUUGAGGGUAAUCCACCUCCCUCAAUGUCUAGGAAGAGAUUCUAA